AUGUUUCGUCUCGAACCAGUCAUUCCGCGAAAUGGUGGUCAAACUAGAGAAAAAAUUGAUCGAAUCUAUUGGAUGCUUCAAGAUUGGUAUAGUUGCCUAACUAAUAAACCAGAACAACAAACUACAACUGAAAAUUUUUCGUCAAUUAGUCUUUCUGUAUCAGAAGUUGAAGAUUUUAUGCAUCGUUUACGCUAUCUCUUCGUUAAAAGUAAUUAUCAUGAACAGAUAUUGCUCAUGCAAAUAUGUCCAGUUGAAUGGGGAUGGAAAAAGAUUCAACGUUUUUUUUGCUGCACAUUCCAUCAAGCAUAUGCUGUAGUAUCACAAAGAACAGAGCAUGGCGAUUUAUCAAAGCCCGUCGACAGCCGUGGCAAUAAUUCAUUUGAUUCCAAUGUAGCUCAAGUUAUUCAAGAUUUUUAUCUCGAUGAUGAAAUCAGCCGCCAAUCGUCCUCUGCAAAAGAUACUCGAACAUCAAAAGACUUAGGAACAGACUUUGUUAUUAGUGAUGGAGCUCUAUCACAAUACAAAAACAACAACAAUAUGAUGAACCUUUCUCUUCAUCAACAAGAUUUUUCAAUUAAAGCAGUAUGGACGUUUACUAGCUCCGGCCAUGGCAAGAGCCCGUGUGAUGGGCUCGGAGCUGUCGUUAAGUCAGCUGCACGCAAAUACUUAUUAAAGCGAGAUCCUGAAGUAGCUUUUUGUUCAGCAAAAGAUUUUUAUCAAUUUACACUUGAGAAUACUAGUCGAACUUUAUCUUCAACAAGUACUGCACCUUCAAGUAAACCGAAUAAAAUGACUAUAGAUGCUGACAAUAAUGAUUCAACUGAUGAAGGAAAUGAUAUGAUCGUUUCACGUUCUAUAAGAUCUAUUGAAGUGAGAUGGCUUGAUGAAAAAGAAGUGGAAGAUACAUUUCGAAAAGUGUUGAAAGCACGUAGGAGCAAACUUUCCACCAAAGGUAAUGCUUUUAUUUUAUCAAAAUCUUCUAUAUUUUUAUCCGAUGCAGAUCGGAUUGUGGGUAUUCGAAGCUUUCAUGAGUUUGAUGCGACGUUCACUGGCACCGUGGUCUGUCGUUCUGUUUCUACUUCCAUCGACUCGAAGGCUUUUCAAUUCAAGCUAAAUUUUGAUUUACGUUCACCAAUCACACGUGUAUUAGAUUCAAAAGAUUUCAUCAAUGGUAAAUUCCUCAUUAUUGAACAUGACGACAUACUCCAUCUUGCUCAAAUUACUACUGCUGAUCUUAGAAAAAGUCAAUUAACCAUUACUUUUUUCUUACCACCUCUACCCGCCAGAAAAUUCUCCUCUUCAAAAUCAGAACCUCUAAUUGUUUCAACAACUAAAGUUAUUGAUCUUCUCGUUGAUUCUCCAAAAACAACAACAACCAAAACAAUAAUGCUCUCCGAUGAACAAUUCGUUUCGAUUCAAGAUCUUCGUGAAGAAUUUUGA